GCGGAUAAUGAAAGAAGAUUAAGUAAAAACAGAGGGAAGGAAAAGCAUUUAAGCUUACGUGUAAGACCAAAAUAGCUCUUCGCGGAUAUUUUUUAUUUCGCGCGGUCAGAUAUUGAUGGUGCAAUUCGUCAAGAAUACAAUAUAAUAGAGACAAGUGAAUCCUAAAAUAUCAGUUAAUGACAAGAAGAAUGGUAGAGAAAGAUCACUGCCGAAAAAUGGCUAUCGCUACGACGAGUUCAAGAUCGGCCGCUGGCGUUUCGCUGUUUGAUCAAGAAUUGAUGGAGUUGUUAAAAGGACUUCGAGUUGCUAGAAAUACUGAAAACGGAGACAACGAGAAGAUGCUGUGCGAAAAAGAAUACCCUCAACAAAAUGGUAUUGUUAGCUCAGACUAUUUCAUCUUUAUUUAAAGUAAUAAUGCGUGUAAUCUUAAUCAAGGUUAGAGUUGAAAUACAGUGUACAGUACUUCCACUCUAAAACCCGCCUGCCUGCCUGCCUGACUUAUUAGCCCUCUCUUGAAGAUCAAACCUGGUUUUGCCUACACUGUACAGCACUUAUAGACUAUAAAGACAACAUAAGAUGUUUAGAUAUGAGUCAGUGGAGUCCAUGAUCUUAGAAUAUUAUUAGGAUGGAUUAAUUUGUCUUGUCAAGCCUUCAAGGUUGUAAUAAUUUAAUAAUAAUAUUAAAUUAACUCAGGUUGGGUCAUGAGUUCCCAUUUUAAGGGUGCGCGGGAUGAUCUGAAUCAGGAUCAGCGAUCCAAUUGAUCACUCGGAUCACAAAGUAUCAAAGGAAUGGAUGAAAACACUCUUUGCAAAGAUUAAUCAGUUCACUAAUUUAAUGCCACAAAUCCAGGUGAUCUCAGAUAACUAAUCCUGGUCUGGUAUGCAUCAUUAGUUCCUUUGUAUUGAUAAGCAAUUGCCAUGUACACCGCAGUCUCUUUAGUAUAUAAAAGGCUGCAGAGUCAAAAUACAUCGUAAAGUCAUUAUAACUAAAAAAUCCAUGAUUUAGACUUUCCAAGUACCAUUAUUUGCCCUGAUAGAGAUUACAAGAGAUACAAAAUUAGAAAAUAGAUAAAAAAAAAAUAUCAAAUUUUACUUUUUGUCAUGUUAGGCCUAUUUUUUAUUGAAUUCUUUGGUUGGAGGUUGUGAUAGAUGACUGUCAGAGUGGCCAUAGGCAGGGUGGGAUUUAUAACUUUAAAUUUAAUUUGUAGAAUCAUGACACAUUAUGUCCAAACUGUGCCACCUGGAUAGAAUAUGCAGUUUUUCCUCUGUUUUCCAGGGCUGUUAAUUUGAUUAUUUGAUUAAUUCAUACAGCUCCACUUGAAAUUGCUGAAAAGUCUGGGACAAGCUGCUCAGUUUGUCAAGUUAUCUUUGAUUCUGUGGAAACUCAGGUAAUUCUGCAAAAUACUUGAAAGUGAUUAUUUUUGGUAGAAAAGUGAUUUUAUAUGGACAUAUACUGUAAAAUAUAUGCAGGGUGCAAAGAAAGUCAGUUUUACAGCUUGCCAUUUGGGCAAGCUGUAGCUAGCAUGUAGUAGCCCAAAAGUCAUUUCAACUAGCCCGAAAAAAAUUUGAUGAGCAGGAUUGAUUACAGUUCCUCUGUUAUUCAAAUUCCUAAGAAAAUAUCACUUGCCCAUUGGGCAAGUUAAAAACAGAAGUCACUAGCCCGAUAGCAAAAUCCUUUAGUCCCUGGCUAUCGGACACUACUUUCUUUGCACGCUGAUAUGGCUCAUACAUUUUUAUGUUUCCAUUGGCAGAGAGAACAUUUUAAGCUGGACUGGCACAGGUUCAACUUGAAACAGAAGCUGAUGGACAAACCUAUACUAUCAGAGGAUGCAUUUGAGGAAACUAUUUCAGGUACCAUAAUUAUACUCUGUGAUGAUUAUCAGAAUGGACAAACACCUCCUUGUGAGCUCUGUUGGUAUAGUGGCUGUGCCCUAUAGUGGUUAACCUGGUGGACUCUAGUGCCCAACUUUUGCACCCAGGCUAGAAAAUCUUUUUUUGGAAACAAGUCAUUUGCUGGGCACCCUAGAUUUUUCAGGUUUAGAGUACUGGGGUCCCUUCAAUUUUUCUUACGGCACAGCCUUGACUGUACCCUUUUGAAAGAGUACAAGGUUGAAGAAAGCCCUUUCCUAUUUUGCAUUGAGGAUUGUAGUUAAAGUGUGACUUGCCUUAUUCUUACUGUGUUCACCCAAAAACCCAUAGGGGGACUGCCCUAUAGAAAAUGGUUGCUUGCCAUAUUUUCUAUUGUGUAAAGUUUUUGCAAUUUGUCCUUUGGGAUGUUCUGAAACAGGAUUUAUGAUCCAAGAUCACUCAGAUCACGUUGUAUCAAAAGACUGCUAAACUCUAUCUGGAAAAGGAUUGAUUACCAUAAUCUGAGGUCAUUGUGGAUCAUAGAUCCUGAUCCGGAUCAUCCCCUGGGAACAUUCCCUUUGUUUGAUGUCACUUAAAAUCUCUUUAAGUACAGUGUAUGACUCCCAUCACUAUCAUGAGGAGUUUCGGGGAUACAAUGUAGAGGACCUUUUAAGCUGCACCGUCAGGAUAAAAAAACUGCCGCCUGGUUAGCUCAGUUGGGAGAACGCCGGUCUGCCGAGCGGGAGGUCGUGGGUUCCAACCUCAGCCGGACCAACACUCAGGGUCUUUAAAUAACUGAGAAGAAAGGGCUGCCUUUGUAAUGACAUCUGCAAAUGGUUAGACUUUCUAGUCUUCUCGGAUGAGGACAAAAAACCGUAUGUCCUGUCUUACAGCACUUUCACUGAUUUGUUCUUGUGGGACGUAAAAGAACCCACAUCAUUAUUCGAAAAGAGUUGGGGUCGUAGACCCCGGUAUUGUGGCCAACCUUUACAGUUUGUGGAAUUGGGUACGGAUGGCACCUCCCAUGGGAUGUGAGUCCCAUUCGUGCACAUUCCCUCUGGGCAGGCCUGUGACCAGAAAAGCUGGUAAAUAAAUAAAUAAAUAAAUAAAUAAAAUUUUGGGAAUUAUUUUGUAAUCAACUGAUUGUUGGUACCUCUUAAGCCACGGCAACAUGAAGGGACUCUUAUGCUUUUUAGACGAGGUGUUUUCAAAACUCUUUGAAAAGAACCCCCAUAAUUAUAGUUAUUUUUUAAGGGACUCCGCCUUUUGCCAAAAAACAGUCAGGCUUCCAGACUUUUUAUCUACCACUGAUCUGCACCUCAAGUGAUGAUAAAACACCUCACUUCUUUCUCUCUUUUUUCACAGGGGAACUAUCUAGCAUCUCUGGUUCAGACAGUGACACAGAUAGUGAUGGAGACCUGAGUAUGGAGUCUGCAGCACAGUGCACCAUGUCUCCAAUCAAUGAUCAUCAAUUUGAGGGAAGAGAUGACAUCAGAUUGGCUGUGAUUGGAGAAAGGAAACAUCCCAAGGUGUUUUUUGUUAACGAAGAUGGAGAUGUUUUGUCUGUUUAUCGAACUGUGUUGUAUUCUGUGAAGGUAAGUUUUAAUGAUGAUGGUGAUGAUGAUGGUGAUGAUGAUGUUGAUGAUAAUGUCAAUGAUGACAGGUGUGGAUCUAGGAUACUGACUAAUUUCCUAAAUGAGUGCCGAAAGCACAAGCUUCAAGGGGGAUUUGAGGGCAGGAUUUCUACUCCUUAAAGUCCCUUUCCCUUAGUUUCCGAGUCAUUUAGACAGGAUAGUGGCCAGAUUUCAACUUGAAAGUGUUUUUUUAUUAAUAUAAAUAAGUUUCCUACGAAAAUCUGACCAAUUUCCGUAAAAAGGCGGAAACUGGUGAGGUCCGCGCCUGCGUGAUGGCAGUUACAUUUUUUGCUCCAGACUCUUCUUUUUUAAUCUUUUUUAAUUUGCUCCAAUUUUUUUCUCACAGAACAUCCCAGUUACACCGGAUGCAAUGCUAUCACUACUGACCAGUUUGCCAAAGAAGGACUACUGGGUGAUAUUAAUGACAGCAGGAGGUCACUUUGCCGGGGCAGUCUUCAGGGGAAAAGAUGUCUUAACACACAAGACAUUUCAUCGCUAUACAGUCAGAGCAAAGCGAGGCACUGCUCAAGGUGCCAGGGAUUCCCAACAGGGAGGAAAACAGCCUAAGUAAGCGAUAAGGGUUUUUCACUACAAUAACACUACCUGUCUACAAAUGAAAAGGUUAAGGACAGACUGUGAAUAACUUUUGAGCUAUCAAUGCAUUUUCAGACACGUUUAGCUCAAAUUUCAGCAAACUGUAUUAUCAUUUUAUUGUUUUGUAUUAGUAUUAUAGUUGCUUGGUUAAUAUAACGUCUUUUAGAAAGUGUAUCAUGAACUCGAAAUUUGAUCAUAAGUCUUAGAGAUCAGCUUCUCUUAUGCAUAAAGGCCUUUGUCGGUGGCGUUGUCGAAAAGAAGUAUUUUUUUUUUUGAACGCAUAUAUUUUACAGGUGUGCAUAUCAGUAUCCUGUAGCUAAGUUGUAGUAAUUACUACAUAGUAAUAAGAUUGUCAUGAAAAACAAUAUUGACAUGGUGUACGAUAGCAAUAUGUACAGCUGUACUCACUGAGUAGAGUCAUUCCACUGAGUUUUUUGAAGGUUUUAUUGAGAGGUCCUGCUUCAAGCAGACGCGAAACAAAUGGAUUAAAGCAUCCUGCAAAACAAAUUUUUGUUUCAUCGAUUGAUGAUUAGCCAAGCCUAAUGGUGGAGCUUCUUUUAAACCCAUAGAUCUGCCGGAGCAAGUCUAAGGCGAUACAAUGAAGCUGCCCUCGUGCAGGUUGGUAUGGCUGUUUUGAAGCCAACUGCCGUGUUUUUAAUAACGAUACUAAAGGAUGUUAAUUAACCCUCAAGUCAAUCAAUAAGUCUGUAAAAUUUGUGUUUGCUGUUAAGGACAGACACCACUAAUACCAGCUGUCUACUCCAGUCGAUUUGUAAACACCAUUAUGAAUCGACUUAAGUGCAGUACAGAUCAAACAACGUUGAAUGUCGAUAAAUGCCAAAGAAGAGUUAUCAGUAGUUCUUGAGAGUGACACUUUGGAGCAUGACUAGGUCCUUGGUCCUGGUGUAAAUGUGGAGAAGACUGUAAAGUCAGGAAAUUAAUAUCUAUAUCUAUAAUAAGGACGUCCAUAAUGUGCAAGAAAUUUUUAGAACACUCAUGGAAAGGCGGAAAUGACAGUAAAGAGAAUUACUAUUUUGACCAGUGCAAUUGUUUUGCUGCUGUAGGAAGUGCAAGAUCUCCUUGAGGCGUGGUCUCAGCACGUGGAACACUGCGAUAGAAUAUUCCUCAGGACUCCUGCAUAUAACAAGUCCAUGUUUUUUGGAGGGAAAAAACCACCUUUUAAAAAAGGUAGGAUAAGUGUUUCGGUAGUUUGCUAAAAAAUUGCGUUGCAAAGAUAGCAAUAAUAGAACGUGCUUCACGUUAUUAAAAAAUAACGGGAAGGACAGCAGUGGUCGUCUGACUCGAGACAAUUAGUCUCGAUUAAAAUUAUCAGUCCCUGCUAAAGUUUACUUGCCAUUGUUGUCAAGUGUCUUACAAGCAGGAGCUUUACUGAAGUUAUUUUGCCAGAAUUUUUUCUAAGCUGCUCGUGGGUUUUGUAGCUAACCUGUCGUUUUACUUUCUCAGAUGAUGAGCGCAUCAGAACGAUACCUUUUCCCACCAGACGACCGACAUUCAAGGAAGUCAAACGUGUUCAUCAGGAGUUAUCUAGUGUACAGUUACUGGGUAAGUUAGUCUAUCUUGCUAAGGAAAAAGGUCCUAUAUGAAAACAUUGCAGAAAGACAGUAAAUUUUCCUGUCAUGUCUCUUUCAGGAAAGAAUACAGAUGUAGAUGUGCAAAGUCUUUUUACACAGUUGACACAAGAAAAGCCUGUAGAGAAUACGCCAAAAUUUACAGAGGACAAAAUUCUCUCAUGGGAGGGCACUCAAACGAAUGAAUACGGCAUCAAAGAGCGAGGGAAACUUGAUACACAAGAAAGCAGUGUUGAACACCACGCUGAUCAAGCCGCGACGGUAACUGCUGCUAGACCUCAAGAAGCUUCCAAGAAAACAAAAAGGAAGAAAGCUAAAAGUAAAAAAGCUGCUGAUUCACAACUGAAUGAAGAAGAUGAAGGUAACAAGUUAGAUAGACCCAAUUAUCUGCUACUUGUUAUAAAGGUACCUGCACUCAAUUGUUGCUAAGGUGGAAAACGCCAUCCACCCGCGGGCCCGGGUUGUUCAAACGUUGGAUAGCGCAGUCCACUACAUAAAUCUCUAUCCAGCGGAUAAGUCAGGGCUGUCACUAAAAUUUCAAGUUGCCGGGCUAAUGAUGUACAAGUAGGCGGGAAAUCCAGCAACUAGGGAUUUUGUUUGGUUCUAUUUUUCUUCUGUUUUCCUACACUGAAAAGUAGACGGGGGACAUGUUCAUAGUAGCCGGCGAAAAUCCCCGGCCCUUAAUGACAGCCCUGGGUUAAGUAUUAGGAAAACCAAUUGCGCCAUUCAGUGGUUGGCGUUAUCCACCUUUCGAACAAGUGGAGUCGGCAAUUGGUCUCCCUAGUACUUAUCCCCUUGACAGUGAUUUAUCCGGUGGAUUCUGAGCGCUAUCCAACGUUUCAACAACCAGGGCCAGGACGUUACGUUUUGGUUUUGUAUCCGGUUUAUUCGCCUCAGGAACAAGGGUAAGGCAGUGGAAGAAAUCCUUCUUAGACAGCUGUCGUUUUCUUCAUUUAUCGCCUUUUAGCACCUUCAUUUUAAGAACUGUAGCGCUCAAAUGACAGCUUUAGCGUGAAAUCCUUUGGACUUCUCUAUAUGAAAUGCUCCAAAGUGAUAACCCCCUUCGUCCAUCCUGUGUUUGCAAUAUACAGUGGUAUAGACCUUUUUCAAGAAUACCAAGAUAUUCUUUAUUGUCCCUCCAAAACUUUGCGUCAAUUUCUCUUGGGGCGAUUGUAAUUCCCAAGAGAAAUUGAAAACAAAGCUUAUGCAAAAUUUUGGAGGGAAAACAAAGAGUAUUAUGAUAUUUUUGAAAAAGGCCUAUAGACAGCUACUGCAAAGCAUCUUUCUCUCGUUAUAACCGGCUGUUAUUCCUUCGCAAUUUUAGAUAGCCUGCGUAGCUAGCGGGAUAAGGAGGCGGAGGCUGUAGUUUUUUGGCGGCGGAGCUGCGUGAAGACUGGGAGCAACCCCGGGCACAAUAAUCCCGCCAGCUACGCAGGCGAAAUUUCAGACUGCACUGUAUUUUCAUUGUAUUUUAACCCCGCUAAACGGACGAUUUUUGAGGGUCUACAGUAAUGCGCAUAUUUAAUUCCUUAUUUUUUAGUCACUCCCGAGCAACAUCUGUGGAAUCGGUUGUACUGUGCUGUUGUGUCUGGCAACACACAAGUAAUAUCUUCUAUUCUGAGGAAUAGUGUUGAUAGCACUGGACAAAAGGAUUUAACUUGUGAAGGAGUUCCAAUUAAAGCAGAUGGAAAUUUAAACUAUGGUAAUUCCGGCAUGAAUGAGCUACAAGAAAGUGACUUAGAAAAUGAUCGGAAGGUUGAAGGGACGGGUAAAGACUUUGAUAGUAGUUUACAAGUUCAAGGUAGUGAAUCCUGCCGGUUCGAUGUCAGUGUUAAACAGUGCGGUAAGGAAUCUGACAGUAGUGAAUACACAGACUUGAAAAUACACGAAUUGAAGGGACUGGUUCGGAGCGGAGAAGAGGACACAAGAACUAGUUCGAUUUCACUUUGUCAAAGUAAAUCGUGGGUUGAAGAAACAACAGAAGCAGACCGAGAAGGAAGUGCUUGCGACAUGUCUUCCAAAAGGUUAUUAGAUGCUAUAAAUGGCUGCUUUGGUGAAGGUGGGGAAACGCUUCUUCACGUGGCAUCACGUUCUUCACGCACGGACAUCGUAUUAUCGUUACUGGAGUUCGGAGCCAACCCUGCAGUGAAGUAAGUUUUGCAUUCACAUGGAAAAUAUACAUCUAUUUCGAUGAAGGUUGUCGGAAAAAGUGCACGCGACAAUCCCGAAGGGUAUUGUGGUUGGUUUUGAGUUCACUGUUCUUCAAAGAAAUUUGAAAGAAUGACACGAGAGGCCAUAGAUGUAUCUCUGCGAGUGUUAAAGAAAAACAAAAAAGUAGGUUCGACAGCUGCAGUGUGAGGAACAGUAUAUUGAUCACAUCCCGUAUUUCCUUUCGGAAUUGUCGCGUGCACAUUUUUCUCGACAACCUUUCUCGAAAUAGCUGUAUUCGGAAAUCACCUUUACCUUUGCUGUCAUACCCAUGUUGAGUAGGAAUCAUCGGUUUCAUUUGCUUUUUCGCUCUGUAGGGAUGGUAGAGGAAGACCACCCUUCGUUGUUGCUGGUAGCAAGGAAACAAGAAAUGAAUUUCGUCGGUUUAUGGCUGCUUUUCCAGAUCGGUACGAUUACGCUAAAGCACAGGUAAGGGGCGGUCAAGAAUUUAAAUGAAUAUGUAAUAGAUAACGCAGUUAAUCACGCACCCGCACAAUCACAUUUUAACAAUCACUUCACAAUAACAUCGCGACGUAAUUGACCAAUCAGAUCAAUAACCAGACUAUAAUACCAUCAACUGACGCGAUACAACACACUUUGACUCUGAAGAUGACUACCGCACAGGUUGUCGAAACAUCGGUCACUGUCAACAACAACAGUCCUAUUCAGGACUACAUUCACCCGGACGAUCAAACUCAACCUACUUUUGAAAUGACUCCUGGGUUCAAACCUUUCACAACUUCACAUACUAAUAACAAAAAUAUUGCUAUUCACCUCUCGAAGAAAUUUUAUAGGCUUGUAAGUUCCAAUAUCUAUUCAAAUGAAACUGUCAGCAUCAUUAGGAUCUUUCUUUCGGGCUAUGCUUUAACAACAUUUGAAUAAAUAUUGCUGUUCAUCACUUGCGCUUUCCCCAUUAUACACAUUGUUUGUCCCCCACUCUCUCCCCCCAAGUUUGUCCUAGGUAUCACUGUCGUCCUAAGAAAAACUGAAGGCAAUGCUUUUUAAUUUCCGUUUGUUUGUUUGUUUAUUUGUUUGUGUUUCCCGGGGGGUGAGGGCAAAAUAUUACACGUAUAGCAAACCUUGUUUAACGUACAUUUUGUGUACUUUAACUUGGAACUCUUAUCAAUGUGCGCGGCUGACUUUGUUUUCGUUCUCCCUACUUUCUUUGUUCUAAUAAGGCUGCGUGAAGUUCUUUGUUAGCAAUCAAAGGUUUCUUAAGUGCUUUCUUGCGCACGUUACAAUGUUAAAGCGUGUACGCAGCACUGUAAAGUAUUUCUUUCUUUGCUUCAGAUUCCAAGUGCAUUGACACCAGAGAUGGAAAGUGAAAAAGACAAGCGAAACACUGAAAGGAAAAAAGCUCAAAAGAAAGCUCAGAAACAGAGGGUUAAGGUACACAAUGGCAAAAAACCAGACAAUCUGUUGGUUAACCAUUUCACUCCUAAAAGUUGGCAAAGUCAAAAUAAGACAAAACUGCCAAAUUUCAUUUUAUUUUGUAAAAUCCUGAAAAAAAGAAAAUAGUACCAUGUGAAAAUACUCGCAAAGCCGGGCAUUUCAUUUAAAUAGUCACACUGCACCAUUUUUAGCACAGACUCAAAUGUUAGAAUUACCUUUCACGACUCCACCAUUCACUCUGGGAGCCGGGAAAGGGUUAAACAGUCGUGAAAUGUAAAAACAUUCUCUAGCUAAAAAACUAUUAGAACAUAAAACCUUUCGACCGCCUCAACUGCAGUCUUCACUGCGUGAAAUGAUAAAAGAAUGAACAAAUCUUAGGGCCUGUUUACGUGGAGGUGGGGGACCCCAGAUAGGUGAGGUAACAUGUGGCGGGUCACCCCACCUAUCAUGUAAACGUGAUCAAAUUAAAAUGGGAGAUUAUAUGGACAGGCGGUUUACCCCAUCUAAGCGGGUUACCUCACCUUACUGGGGUCCCCACCUCCGUGUAAACAGGCCCUAAAAUAUAGUGUGAAAAAACUGAUAAGAAUACAAUGGAAUAAAAUAACAAUUUAUUACAGUUAGUUGAAGGCUUGAAAUCAGUGGCUUGGUUAACUGGUCGUUCAUUGUUUUUCUCACUUAGGAACAAAAGGCUCUUGAGCGAAAAAAGGAGGAAGAAGAAACAGAAAAGAAAGCUCUCCAAGCCUUGAGUGAACGCGAGAAGGUAAUUAUCUCUAACACUGUAACAAAUUUUUACUCAUUCAUGAAUUUAUCUCUGAAUGGUAGGGUGUCUUUAGCGGGUAAAAUAAGUAGGUCAUCGUCCAAUCACAAUUUGAUUGGGUUAAUAAAAUAGCCUUACUUUAAUGCGCAGUCAAAAGCAUCAAUAAGUUCCUUACGCGGGUGAAUUUUCCCGCGCUUUUUGUAGGCUGCAUGCAUCACUUGAGACUGAUUCUGCGUAUUUUGUGGCUGUCAGGGUAAUGGCGCAUUUUCGAGUGUUCACUUGCCUCUUUUUAAAAGCAAGGCUAAUUGCAGAGGUACUGAGAUCAACACGAGUUUUAUUUGCGUGUAUUUGAACUUAGUCUAACAACAAACAAAGUUACCGCGGUAAGGGAAAAACAAACGUUUUACAAGGUCGGGUAAUUUUGCAAAUCGUCAGAAAAAAUCUAAAUCGUUGGCAUAGGCAGUGGGGCGACAGAGAAUUUUAGUUUGUAUGUUGCCGCAGGGUUGCAUGAAGUCUUGAUACUUUAGAUAUAAACUAAUCUAAUCUCCCCGAAGAGAUAGAAAAUGAAGAGAGAAGAGAGAGAAGAAGAGAAAAGAAAAGAAAAGAAGAGAGUUUUUAGCCGCCAAAGAAGCUGACGAAAAUAACUAACCAGUUUUUUUUUUUCGUGUUUUUGUUAUAAGAGAGCACUUGCUGCUGAAAAGAGGUUUGCCCAGCAGCAGGCAUCCAAGCAAGCAGGGAUAACUACAUGGUAAGGACGUUUACGUAUGUAUAUACCUCAAAUUACGAUUGCUGGUUUUUCCUCUGACUCUUAAGGAGAGAAAAUACCUGCUCACUUAAAAUUGCCCGUUUUAAUUCCUCGUGAGAGUGUUCAUCCGGGAACUUAAGGGAGUUAAAACGUCAAACUUUCCAUGUAUCGAGCGGAAACAGAUUUAAUUUAUUAGCAUUGAAUUCGGGAAAUGCGUUUUCGUCGUUUAAAAUGGACCUUUAGCAACCACGAAGUCAAUGGGUAGGGGUCAUUAGAGCAAACGUUUCGGAGGCUGAUUACGGAUUACGACAUGAGUCAGGCUGGCCAGGUUUGCCGAACUGGCUAGCUUUGCUUAAGUGACUUUUAUCCCGGUAUUACAUGAAGCGAGCCAGCCCUGAAGCCGCCCAGUCUCGUCCCCAGAGCCUCCGUUACCCUUAUCCAGCGGAACGGGCAACUGACGCUCUGCGUUCGUUAUAAAAGGCAUAAAAAAGCCUUUCCAAAAUAAGAGAAAGGAAAUUUUUUUCACAAAAUGUCAUUGUAGCGUGGUUUCGUGACUCAUCGAGGUAAACUGAUAAACUUGUGUGCACACAAAUGACCUGUCAAAAUCAAAUCAACGUUCUCACGGUUUUUGGAUUUGCAAGGAGAUUUGAAUAUGAUGAUUUAUCGGCCAAUCACAGCUGGGUUUAUUCGGAUUCUUCCAGUGGUCAGUGAUCCUUGGUGCUAACCAAAAGGAGCUCAGCCUCUGGGAACGAAAUUGGGAGCCGCCAGGUUUAUACAGAGAUUCAAUCAAUCAAUCAAUCAGUCAACUUUAUUUAAACACGGUAAAUGGCUCAGCAAGCUGGUUUUCAGACAUGCCGUGUGAUAAUUACAAUUUAUAAAAAUUAAGACUAGUGAUUAACUAACAAUACAAUAUAACAGCAAGAAAUGAGUAUUAGAAAUAAGAUAAAAACAUGAUAAAAGUUAUAUCCUAAGAUAUGGCGAGUUUAAAGCUAGUAAGAUCCCCCAUCUCACGUGUUUCAUUUGACAGUUGGUUCCAAGCCAUUGCACCCCGAUAAGAAAAUGAGCGCUUGAGAAAAUUUGAUUGAGAGAUUUGAUUGAGAUUGAGAGCAGUGCGCAUGAGCAUUGUUACCCACUGUCCGGUCGCUGACUUUGCUUGCCGGGCUGGACCGGCGAGUGUGAUUACAUGGAAAAUUUCCAGCCCGUUAAGCCGGGAUCCUGGCCAAAUGGGCGGACUAGGCUGUCAUGUAUUCACAAAGUUGAUUUUUGUUUCGUUUAAAUCAACGAGCCGGUAUCACGGCAUAGAGAGCCACUCUGGAAAACCUGCAAUUCCCGACUCUUGUAAUCAGCCCCCUUGGGCUCAUUAGCUGGUGUUAAAGAUCAUGUUUCUUUUUUGUGAUUAGUUGUGCCUGGUGCAGUGUAAGUUUGACUGGUCAAGUUCCUUUCGAGCGACUUACUUACAAGUACUGCAGUACCGCUUGUGUGAAGGCUCACAGACUUGACAUGGAAGCGCAGCAAAGAUGAC